AUGUGGAAGGCACAACGCAAACAGCUGUCAACGUCAUUCAACAAUCAAAUUUGUCGGUCAUUUUUGCCGAUUUUCAAUCAGAAAGCCAAUGUUUUCGUUUGGAAUGUGCGUCGAGUGGUCGGUAAAGGGCACUUUGAUAUGCUGGAGUACACUUCUGCAUGGGCAUUGGAUGUUGUUUGUCAUACCGCAAUUGGCUCGGAAAUGAACAUACAGAGUGGUGAAAAUAUGCACUAUACGAAAGAACUCACGGAUUGGCUAACAGCAGUUACAUAUCGAAUUGCAAACGUAUUUUUGCACCCAGACACUAUUUAUCAACAAACGCGAUGGUAUCGACAAGAACAGAGUUUGACUUAUCAUAUUUUUUUAUGCCAUAGCAUAUAUCUGGCGGAUAAGUCAAACUCUGGACAAGAAUGUGCGGCGAUUGCAAUUUCCGAGGCCUUACAAGAGAAUAUAAUCUCGCAAAAGAUGGAUGAAUUCAUGCAAAGCAAUAACGAAGAUUUGAGUUUCAUAGAAGAAGACGAUGAUGACUCAACUUCUCAACUUCAUUACCGAUCAAGGCAUUCGCGAUCAAGUGUAUUUGAUAAUCUUUGCUGGUCAAGAUUCAUCUGCGCACACAGUGGCCAUGAUCAUUCUAAUGCUCGUGCUGCCUACGAAAAUUGA